AUUCUUUUUACUCGAAUACCACGAUCUUCAUGCAGGAAACAGAUGAGAUCAGGGCUAAGGUAUGAUUGUUGUAUAAAUUGAACAGAAAUUACGUUAAUUCUACUUGUUAAUAGAAAAGUAUUUAUAUAACAGAUGAAAAUUUGUUUAUAGUGAAAUAAAUAGUUCAUUGUGUAAUUUAAGCUUUAUUUGAUUAAUUUGACAUUGGAGCUGAAAGAGCCUCGCUAACCUAAUGUAACCAAUGUUAGUUUUAUUGUUUUUAUCGAAAUUAUUUUACAAGGACAAUAGAAAUUAGAUGACGAUUUUAAGUGGAUUAUUGUUAUUUACUCACUGAUCGGUAUAUGUUAGAUCAUUAGAUAUUUUCAUCAGGAUUUUUAACUAAUAUCAUAUCAAAUAUUACCAUAAACUUUCGUAGCUUUAUUAGUUAUAUUUACCUAAAAUUUAAAUAAUGAUAAGGUUAAAUUGAUCCUCAUUAUUUUGAUCAAGUCAACAUUUAUUUAUCUUAUCUGUUUGUUUUACGCAGCAAACUUCUUGGCUUGACAUAAGUACGGAAUAAAACAAAGAAAAAUGAUGGACAAUGAUCAUUCAGAAUUGGAAGGAUUGAAUGAGAAAAUCAUGGAAACUUCGUCCGAAUACGUUCCCUCAACAUCGGAUGGAUCGGAAUAUUUAAUGAGUACAAGGAAUAAAAAUAUAAGACGCCAUAUUGGUCGAAGGUUAGCUAGAAAUGUUGAUAACCUAUCCGAAGACGAAAAGAGAAAAUUGGCCCAAAGACGGGAGAGGAAUAAGCAAGCAGCAGCCAAAUUCAGAGAAAAGAUCAAGAGGACAAUCCUGGAGUUAGAAGAGGAAAAAUCUAUUUGGGAAAGGAGAGUUUCGGAGAAUUUGGCAAGAAUCGAUAGAUUAAAAGCAUCUGCAAAUCAUCUCAAAGAAAUAUGCAACUCGCAUAAAUGUGUUGCUUGA